UGCUGGCCCAUUCCAAUCCUUGUCGGAGUGGAAACACGGGGGCCGACAGUCCUCUUUUUUUCUCCCUUCCCGUUUACCUCGUUGUGCUUUCUUUUAUUUCACCCCGCUUUACUCUCUUUCUCUCUUUUCCUCGGCAGAUAACUUUUCCUUUUCUCUCCCCUCCUUUCCGCUCCGUUUGAAGAUGUACCACAAAUGAGAAGACGCAAAAGAUGGAGCUGCACAUUUUAGAGCACAGUUUAAAAGUAGCAAGUAUAGCGAAAGAGGGAAUCCAGAUUUGCACUCACGGAUUAAUCAAACUAGCUUUUCUGCCAUCUAAAACAAGAUGUAAGUUCUUUAGUCUAACUGAAACUCCGGAGGAUUACACCAUCAUCGUGGAUGAAGAUGGCUUUAAAGAGCUGCCGGAGUCUGAGUAUCUCAGUGUGGCCGAUGCGACGUGGUUGGCUCUUAAUGUGGUGUCCGGGGGCGGGAGCGCCACCAGCUCUCAGCCAAUAGGAGUAACUAAGAUCGCAAAAUCAGUCAUCGCUCCAUUGGCAGACCAUAACAUCUCUGUGUUUAUGCUCUCAACGUACCAGACUGAUUUUAUAUUGGUUCGAGAGAGGGAUCUGCCCAUGGUCAUGCACACGCUGUCUUCAGAAUUCACUCUGCUGAGGGUUGUCAACGGAGAAACUGUUGCUGCCAACAGUACUGGGGUCACCAAUGGUUUUGUCAAGCCUAAACUAGUCCCUCGGCCAAUCAUUCACCCACUCUCCAGCCCCAGUAACAUGUUCUGCGUUACCAGCCUUGACCCCGACACGCUGCCCUCGGUGGCCACGCUGCUCAUGGACGUCAUGUUCUACUCGGGCGGAGCAAAAGAGACCGGGGGGCAGAGCGAGGAUUCUGGACACAUCCGUUUCUUCUCCUUCUCCCUGAUCGAGGGCUACAUCUCUCUAGUUAUGGAUGAGCAGACGACCCGGAGGUUUCCAAACAACGUCCUCUUCACCAGUGCAUCAGGAGAGCUUUGGAAAAUGGUCCGCAUCGGAGGACAACCCUUAGGGUUUGAUGAAUGUGGCAUUGUGGCUCAGAUAUCUGAACCGCUGGCGACCGCUGACAUUCCAGCCUAUUAUAUCAGUACCUUCAAGUUCGAUCACGCUCUGGUUCCUGAGGAGAACAUCCAGAGCGUGAUCGGAGCCUUGAGGACCAAUGAGAGCACAGGACAGUGAGGUGAUUGGACAGAAGGUCCCAUGUCCGUGAAAACAUUUAGAUUUCUUAUAAUUCUUAAAAGUGCCAAGAUCUUACCCGAGGACUGCUUCUGGGGGUGGUUAUGGGAAAAGGAUCUGAAGGGGAAUGGAUAAGUGAGGGGGGGACUCUAGUCUUGCAGUCAGUAUUGAACGACAACAUCACUUCCUGCAAAAAAGAAAACCCUUAAUCCCUGCCCAGCACCUCUACGGGGACUCUGCGAUAGUGUGUGAAUCCAGUGUUUUUCUCCUCUUCUUUCUCCCCCACCCCUCUUCCUCUGAUCCACUCCUCUUCCUCUGAUCCACUCCUCCUCGCCAUUUUACCAUGGCAACAGGGCCUGGACUU